AUUCCGGGGCUUGGGAAGCAACAGCAGCUUUCGCGAGACCCGCUGCCAUCUCGCUCCGGAUUGUGUGCGUGUGGACGUCCAUCUGAGGCUGAGUGCGGCUGCUGGCGAUGCCCAGGCGGCACCUUUCUGUCGGCGGCUAGGCUAGGCUCGGAGCGUUGGCAGCGACGCCGUGCUAAAGGGAACGCCACUUUGAAGAACUGGCGCGCUCUCCCUCUCCUGCGUAAAGGCGUGCGCGCGUCUCCGCCUUGAUCCCCAGCGCCGUGUGCCACUCGGACGGGUGCGCGCGGCUUCCCGAGCAGCUGCCUGCCUGCGCCUCCUUCCUCUGGCGAAUGUGAGGAGUUUCCCUCCGGCGUCCUGAUCCUUUUUGGAAGUGGAUUUUGCGCGCGCGCGUCUGUGUGUUUAAAUCAGCGAGCGGCACGGAGGGAGCACCGAAGGGGACUCGGAAGUCUUGGCGAAGGGGAGUCUCCGGCUCGGUGUCCCCUCGGAGAGGAAGAGGACGAGAAGGGAGUUGCGAAGGAAACACCUCGCUCCACACCAUCCACCCGCGUCGCCGAGCCCACGCCGCUUGGGAGGAAUCGCCCUUCUGCCGCCAAGCAUUUCCUCCCCAAAAUGGAUACGUUUCCUCUCCUCUGGGCACUUCUGCUUCUGCACCUGGUCGGAUCCGGAGUCACGGGGCAAGCAGCGCAACCAUGUGGGGGCCGCCUGAAUUCCAAAGAUGCUGGCUAUGUGACUUCACCUGGCUACCCGCAAGACUACCCCUCCCACCAGAACUGUGAGUGGAUCAUUUAUGCUCCGGAACCCAACCAGAAGAUUUUCCUGAACUUCAACCCUCACUUUGAAAUUGAGAAACAUGACUGCAAAUAUGAUUUUAUUGAGAUACGGGAUGGAGACAGUGAAUCAGCCGAUCUUCUGGGCAAGCACUGUGGGAACAUUGCUCCGCCUACCAUCACAUCAUCAGGCCCUUCUCUCUAUAUUAAAUUCACCUCAGACUAUGCGCGCCAAGGUGCUGGCUUCUCUCUACGCUAUGAGAUCUACAAGACAGGCUCUGAAGAUUGUUCCAGAAACUUCACCGCUUCGAACGGCACCAUUGAAUCCCCGGGUUUCCCUGAUAAGUACCCUCACAAUUUGGACUGUGCUUUCACCAUCAUGGCCAAGCCAAAGAUGGAGAUCGUCCUUCAGUUUUUAACCUUUGACCUGGAGCACGACCCCUUGCAAGUCGGGGAGGGAGAUUGCAAGUAUGAUUGGCUGGACAUCUGGGACGGUAUUCCUCAAGUUGGCCCCUUGAUUGGCAGGUACUGUGGAACUAAAACUCCUUCGGAUAUCCACUCAACUACUGGCAUCUUGUCACUCACGUUCCACACAGAUUUGGCAGUGGCCAAGGAUGGUUUCUCUGCUCGCUAUUACUUAGUUCCACAGGAGGUGCCAGAGAACUUUCAGUGCAACAGCCCGUUGGGGAUGGAAUCCGGCCGAAUCUCCAACGAGCAGAUCACGGCCUCCUCUACUUACUCGGAUGGCAGGUGGACCCCACAGCAGAGCCGGCUCAACAGUGAUGACAACGGGUGGACUCCUAAUGUAGACAACAACAAGGAGUUCCUGCAGGUGGACCUCCGCUUUCUAACUGUGCUGACAGCCAUUGCUACUCAGGGUGCCAUCUCCAGGGAAACCCAGAAUGGCUACUAUGUCCGGUCAUACAAACUGGAGGUCAGCACAAAUGGGGAGGACUGGAUGAUGUACCGCCACGGGAAAAAUCACAAGGUAUUCCAGGCUAACACCGAUGCCUCAGAAGUGGUCCUCAACAAGAUCCAUGCUCCAGUGCUGACUCGGUUUGUGAGGAUCCGCCCCCAGGUUUGGCACAGCGGAAUUGCACUUCGUUUGGAACUGUAUGGCUGUCGGAUCACAGAUUCACCCUGUUCCAACAUGCUGGGGAUGCUUUCUGGGCUCAUCCCGGACUCCCAGAUCUCGGCCUCCUCUACCAGAGAAUAUCACUGGGUCCCCAGCGCAGCACGCCUGGUCAGCAGCCGCUCGGGGUGGUUCCCUCGCAUCCCUCAAGCGCAGCCCGGGGAGGAGUGGCUGCAGGUAGACCUGGGGGUCCCCAAGAAUGUGAAAGGUGUGAUUAUCCAAGGGGCCCGAGGUGGGGACAGCAUCAACGUGGCAGAGGCUCGAGCCUUCGUGAAGAAGUUCAAAGUGAGCUACAGCAUGAACGGGAAGGACUGGGAGUUUAUACAGGACUCCAAAACGAUGCAGCCCAAGAUUUUUGAAGGAAACAUGCACUAUGAUACUCCAGAGGUUCGAAGGUUUGAUCCUGUUCCUGCACAGUACAUCAGGGUUCACCCAGAAAGGUGGUCUCCCGCAGGGAUCGGGAUGCGAUUGGAGGUGCUCGGGUGUGAUUGGACCGAUGUCAAGUCCACUGCGGAGACUCUGAAGCCCACCUUGAGGAGCGAGGAGACCACCACUCAGUUUCCCACAGACGAAGAAGCAACCGACUGUGGUGAUGGCUGUUUGGAGAACGCAGAUUUUCAGAUCCCCGUGGGAUUCAACUGCAACUUUGAUCUUCCUGGAGAUAUUUGUGGUUGGACUCACGAUACAUCUACAGGAUUUACAUGGAUUCCUCAUUCGAGAAACACCUGGACUGGCCAUUCAGGACCAGGCAUUGGGGCCUAUCCGGAUGGCAAGAACUAUUUGAGACUGCAGAGCAGCGCGAGGAGAGAAAAGCAACACGCCCGUCUCAUUAGCCCGAGGGUCUUCUUGCCCAGAAGUGCCGUGUGCAUGAUAUUCCGAUACCAGGUAUCCGGCCUCGGAGCGAUGCUGCAGGUCCGCCGGGAAGCCAUGCAUGAGAUCAAGCCUCUGUGGAUCAUCCGGGAAGACCAAGGGGACGAGUGGAGAGAAGGCCGGAUCCUUCUGCCCAGCUACGAUAUGGCAUAUCAGAUUGUGUUCGAGGGAAUUGUAAGCAAAGGACAUUCGGGUGAGAUUGCCAUCGAUGAUGUCCGGAUAGGCACUGAUACCUCCUUGGAGAACUGUAUGGAACCCAUCGCAGCUUUCCCCGGAGAACACACAUUUGAAAUUUCAGUCGAUUUCCCAGCUUUAGAGGACGACAUGUCAAUCAACGGGGAAGACUUUGGAGAAGACUCUGAAGAUGACUACUUGGGCCUGGAGAAGAACAACAACACGCUGUUUUCAACAAACUCUCCGAUCACCCCAAAGAUGGGCAAAGAGAAGAGCUGGCUGUAUACUCUGGACCCCAUUCUGGUCACCAUCAUAGCCAUGAGUUCCCUUGGUGUGCUCCUCGGGGCAAUUUGUGCGGGUUUGCUUCUGUACUGCACGUGUUCCUACGCCGGUCUGUCCUCUCGGAGCUCCACCACCCUGGAGAACUACAACUUUGAGCUUUAUGACGGCAUCAAGCACAAGGUCAAAAUGAACCACCAAAAGUGCUGCUCUGAGGCAUGACUGAUUGCACCAGAAUCGCAUUUGACAUUUCAUUCCAGCAAAAGUGGCUGGUGAAGAUUACUUUUUAUAUGGGAACUGAAUGCCAUAAUCUUAACACGAAGCCGGAGCUGGAAUACGCAAGUGGGGAGGAGCCACGGACAGCCCUGCCGUUUCAAAAAGGAGGAGGAAACGAGGAGGAGGAGGACGGUGUAAACUUUCU